AACGGUUGACUCGAAAACAAACCUGCGGCAUAGCACACGUUUUUUGGAACUUAAGACAUACACAAACAAAAAAAUAUGAGAUUUAAUUUACAAUCUCUUGCGCUGUUGUUAUUGCUUUACAAUGCAGUGACACAUGUAGCAGCACAGGAUUUCCAACAAAGCUAUGUUUUCCGUGCUGUGGAUGAUGUUGAUGAUCGGGACAAAAGAGCUGUAGAUUUGGGGUUUUUGGUGCGUAAUUUCUUGAUGAAAAGUGCCUAUGCCAGUAAUGCAAAGGCGGCGGCUUCCAGGAAUUUGAUUAAUCUGAAAACGACAACCACACGAAGACCUACCACUACAACAACACGACGUCCAGUGGCAACAACGGCUGCACCAUUUGCGGGACUGAAAUCCUUUUGGUUUCCGUUUAGUGCAUCCUUGAGUGCUCCACCACCAGUUGCUACCAUACCAAGUGGACCAGGUAGACUUGGUCCCAGACCGGCUCCUCCAAGGGCGGGUGGUCCUCGGGGUAAUGCUGCAUUCAACGUUGAUUAUGAUUAUUUCGAUCGGUUACAACCGGUUGCACAAGCCCCAGCAGCCAGACGACGAAGGCCAACCACUACUACCACUGCAGCACCAGCACCAGCACCAACUACAGCAACACCGCCCCCAGCAGUACCAUUACCAAGACGGCGACCAUUACCGAAAAGACCACAAAUUUUGAAUUUUGAUUAUUACGACGAUUAUGAUUAUGGCGCAUUGGAUCCAUCAACUCCGGCAGCUCCAAGAACUACAACAACAGCUGCACCCCCUCCACCGCCACCACCAUCUCGCCCACGUCCUCGCCAAAGAAGACCACAGGCUGCUGGUGGGCGACCUAUGGCACCUCGUGGAGGCAUACGACAAGAUCGUCCGAAUCGUCUGAGGAAUCCCCUGAUCUAUCGCUUCGCCCAGACUAACGAUUUCUCUACCAAUAAUAAUGCGGCGGGUGCCCAGCAACCUCCGGCAGCAUCAGCAGCAGCACCUCCAAGUUCUACUGGCAAUGGAAACCCCAAUCAAUCAUCCGAUGACACCUCACCUCCAGACACCAAUGCACCAGCCGUUGACGACUACCCCGAUUAUUCCGAUGCAACGGCCUUUGAUCCUAGCAACUCAGCGGACUAUAAUGAUUCUAGUGAUAAUUCUAAUCCUUCUAAUUCAAAUGGUAAUGGUUCCAAUGAUGAUAAUGAUAGCAAUACUAGUUUAGACGAUGCAGACAAUGGCAAUGAUGAAUCAGAAGCCCAACAGCCACCAAUUCCACUCGAUAAUGAUAAUUCGUCACCUGAUUACCCAGAUGUACCGCCAUCGGCAGCAGCAGGGCCGCAGUUAAAUUUGGGUGGACAAUUUUUCAAUGGUCCCAAUCAAAAUGCUGGUCGUGGUUUUGUCAACAUCCGUGGUGGUCCCCUAGGGCCACAAUUCAAUAGCCCAUUUGGUUUGGUACCCGGCUUCAGAAAUUUCGAUCCGCAAUAUCAACAGCCAUCUUCGCCGGUUGGCUAUUCGGUGCGUUACUACUGAGCUAGGUCUUUUGGUGGCGAUAUUUUGGAUAUGAAAAUGUAAUUGGCUCUAAGUUAUUGGUUCAUCAUUGUAAAUAAAUACAUUGUACAUACAUACAUACAUACAUACACACAGACAUAGAUACAUUUGUAAAUUUUGUUUAAUAUACUCUCUUUUAUAAA